UAUAUUUUUAAUAAUUUUUUCAACUGUAAAAUCUAGUGUAAUCAUGUUUUUAUUCACCUAUUCAUUUUUCAUUGCUUUAUACAUCUUAGGAACUUUAUCGUCGUUCCAGAAUGAUGAAAGUGACAGUUAUCAAGUACCAACUCCGGAUUCCAAACCAAAGAAGGAAGAUAUAAUCCAAGAACUUCGAAAAUUUACUGAUGACUUUUUUGACGUUGACAUUGAACAGGAAUAUGGUAAUAAUGAAUAUUUUGUUGAACGAACGGAACAGAGUUACCCAUCAGAAAUCAGAGAUCAAACCAAUAAAACAGUGGAAACAUCACAAGAAGAAGACACUUCUCUUAGUCUGGAUUUCUUAUAUCGUAUACAUGAUUGGGAAAAUUACCAUAUAUAAUUACAAAUAAAAUAUAUUAAUUAUAUGAAUUGAAAUAAUAAAAUAUUUGUAACAAUUAAACCAGAAGUAAAAAAAGUUUAA